AUGACAUCCUACUUCCAUCCCGAAACCAUCUACGAAGCUUCCUUCAUCUCAACUCGCAGACCAAUCCAUAUAAACAUCGAUCUUCGUCAUCGGCAACCCCCCAAUUCCACUUCUAACUCCAUGCCCGUCACUACUAUGCUUAGCAGCUUUCUCCGCUCUCCUUUCUCCGCCCUAAUCCACGCCCUCAUUCAACUCUCCGCCGUUUUAUUCUACCUAGCUCUCCUCAUAACAACAUACUUUCUUUGCAGCGUCCGUUACCUCUCCUCUAUUACCCAUCUAACCCAACUCCUAUCUUACCUCUACAACCAAUUCCCCUCCAUCGUAAAACACAAAGCGCGCGUCAUCUACGAAGAACGGCGCCAGCUCCGCCGCAAAUACGCCGAAGCACGAACCGAGCGACUUCGCGAACGUAACGAAGUAGGGGAGCGAGAGCGAGCCCAAAUGCGCGAAGCAGUGCGACGAGUAGCCUGGAAGAGGGGAGUUGGAAAAAUGGAUUAUGGAAUUGAUUUAGCUGAAGAUGAAAAGAACUACUCGUCAUCUUUUAAGUCCAAACCAGAAGACAAAUUCUCCAGAGCAUCGAAAGGCAAAGGAUCAGGAGAUGAGAAUCGAGAAAUCGAAGGAUGGAUAGAAGAUGAGGUGAUCAUUCAAUCACCUAUUGAGCUCCAAGAAUCACUUGAGAAAUUGGAAAAUCAAGCGGGUUAUGGGAAAAGGGCGGGAUACUGGGACGAAGAGGAACAGAUAAAAGCGAAAGAGGCAGCAAAGAUUUUAUUGAGAAAUGGUGAGGUGGAGGAAUUUCCCAGGUUUGAGGAUAUGAAUACUAGGGAAUAA